AUGGCCAGUGGAUGGACCAACGGAACAGGUCCCAGGAGCAGAACGGAGGGGGGGUUCGGCCCUGGGGGGAGCCGCGCAGGCGGGGGGAGCAGAGCCGGGGGGAGCAGGGCGGGGGGGAGGAGUGGGUGUGGGGAUGGGGCAGGGUCGACGGCUACGGGAGGGGCAGUGGCGGAAUGGGAGAAUUCCAGUGAGGCGCAGGAGUGCCGGGAGUUUGUGCUGCAGUGCCUGCUAGACAUGGUCGAUGCUGUUGCUCUCAAGUGCCAGAUAAGGAAACGGCCGGGUGCGAGCUAUGCUGCUGGCUACGGUGGGUAUGGGGGGGAUGCGGGGUAUGGGGGGUAUGGGGGGGGUUAUGGUGGGGGGUAUGGGGAUGCUGUGGCUGCGCCUACCCCCACGGGACAAGUGUCAUUUAUCAAGUCGUUUGGGGGCGACGAGGAGUUUGCUGCCCUUCUCGCUGGCUCUGCUGGGGGCGGAAUCAUGGGUCUCUCUGGCUCUGCUAAUGCUGGGGUUAUGGGUCAUUCCCCCACCGGCAACAGGCGGUUGCAGUGGGGAAUGGGGGGGGACGUUCAAGGGGGGAUUGGAGAGGGCCGGACGGGGAAUGCGCCCGUCCGGGCAGAAAAAAAAGCAUCGCAGGCAGAGGAGUUUCGUGAGCGCCUGCCCGAUUCCUGUCGUGCCUCCGCCAUCCAAGGCCCGUCCGCCAGUCCCCCUAAGCUUCGGCAAUUAGAUGGAGUGUUGGUGUCUUCCUCGGCUGGAGGUCCGGGGCUCUUGGUUCUCCUCAUAGCUACCGAGGCGGCUCGGUUGCCGAACCUAGCCACGGACGACCUCUGGCUGCUGGCAGACCGGUCCGAGGAGCUUAGGCUCGGCGAGGCUUCGCUCCCCGGGGAUGAAGAUGAGCAAGAGGAGGAGAGAGAGGAGGGAGAGGAGGAGGAUGAGGAGGAGGAAGGGGGGAGGGAGGGGAGGUGGGGAGUUGGGGAGGAGGAAUUGCAAGAGACGAAGUUACUGUGUGCGAAGGUGAUCAUGCGUGUGUCUAUUGAGCCGCUGCUGAUGCAUGGGUUAGAGAGUGGGGAGAGUGAGGAGAGUGAGGAGAGUGGGGAGGAGAGAGGGAGUGCGGAUGACGGGAAGAGCAAAGCACCCGUGAAGGCCGGGGAAAGCGACGAAAUCGUCAAGGUGGGGGGAAUGGGGGCGCGCAGCUGGGCGAGUGAGGCAGAGCGGGCGGAGGAGGAGCGGAGGGAGAGAAAGGCGGAGAGGAGGAGGGAGAGGGCUGCGAGGAAAGAGGAGGCGGUGGCGAGGUGGGCGAGGGAGGUGGAGUAUCCCGAGGUGGAGGUGGGUUGGGCGCAGUGGAAGGCGAUUGGGAGUUUGCUGGAGGAGGAGAGGCGUGAGCACCGUGCGCUGGUGCCCAUGUGGGGCAAGGCCGUCCGAGGAAGCUUCAGGGCCAUUCUGCAGGACGGGAUUGGGGGUAUGGGGGAGGAGCUGAGGGAGAGGGCGGUGAAGAUCAGCCGGCAGCUGUGGGGAUGGAGUUUGCCCAGCUUUGCUUCGAUCCGUAUGCAGUGUGAGACUGAUGAGGAAGCACAUGAGAUCAUGCUCAGCGGUUCGGACAGCAUCGCGUCUGCACAGCCGCACAUCACUUCCCGCAACGCUGCCGAACCUCUUCCAGCAGGCUCGGACGUUCCCGAGCUGCGAUCGCAUGCCGAACCAGAGUCGGAGGCUCGGGCUCCAGCGCCGGCGUCUCCCCCGCAAGUAGAUAUGGUGAAUGAGUUACAGACGCAGCUACAGGCGGCCGUUACGCGCAACCACUCGCUAGAAUCCAAGAUUGACAGAGCGCUUCGGGACGCGCGGGAAUCGCGGAAGCUGAAGGAGGAAGCUGAGCUGGCAGCGGCGGAAGCGGAAAAACGCGCAACGGAGGAGAGGCGAGAGGCGAAAGCUGCCCGGGAGAGGGUAAAUUCCCUGGAAGAGAAGUUGCGGGCAGCUGAAGAAAUUUCCGGGCAGCUGAGAAGAGAAUUGGAGGUGGAGAAACAAGAGAGGGAGCUGCUUUCGUGGAAGCUUCAAGAAGCAGAGGAAAACGCGGCGGGACUGAGGGCGCAGGCGUUGCAAGCAGAUGGACAGGUGGAAUUAGCUAAAGCUGAGGUGGCAGACGUGGAAAAUAGGGCCAAUCACCUUGUGACACGUCUGCAAGCUGAGCUGGAGGAGAUGAGGCUGAGAUGUGCGGAUUUAGAGGUGGAGAUUGAGGGGGCUAGAGACAGGGUAUCCCUGGCGGAGUUUAGGCUAUCGGAGGAAGUUGCCCGGGCGGAAGCGCUGGUUGGUGAGGCGGAUGAGCUGACUGGGAGGAUGCGGGCAGCUGAAGAGCGGGCAGGAGAAGCAGAAGAAAGGGCUGCCCGGGCAGAGAAACGGGCAGAAGAAGCCUGGAGACUGAGGGAAGAGGCUGAAAGGGAAGUGGAGAGGCUACGAAAGAAGAGGGGCGAAGCUGCUGGGGGGAAGCUGGGACGCAGGACGAAACGCAUUUACAGGAUAAAGAGGGAUGCGAAAAGGAGUACAGCAAUUCCGAGCCUGGACCCCCCCAGGCCUGGCAGCCUCGUCUGGGCAUCUGCAGACUUGCCUGAGCUGCCAGUCCCAGCUGCAUCCUCAAUCUUCUCCUCUAGCACAGCAGCACUGUCCCCGCCGAAUGAGCAGUUGCUGCCAGCCUCCCCAGCCACAGGCUCGGCAGCAGGCAAAGAUCCCGAGCCUCCUGUGGCAGCCUUGGUGGACAUUGUGGACGAUGGUGCUGAGAGGAGGUCCGGCGAGACGUUCGGGCCGAACCACUGGCUCGGGGCGCAGAUCCCUUCGUAG